UUAUCGCUUGGCUCGUCCAUUGUUAGUAAAUAUGUGAAGAGGAGAAGUUGUUGGCAGGUGUGAAUUCUUACUAAUCUAUACAUAGAUUUUACUCGGCCGGUCCUUUUGCAAUCAAUUUACGUAUCCACCAAAUGGAUCGCAAUAUACUCGUGGCGUUCGAUUUUGACCACACCAUCUGCGACGGCAACACUGAUCUAGUAGUGCAAAAUUUGCUGCCAAUCGAGAUAUCCAAGGAUGUGCACAACUUACGGAAGUCUAGCGGUUGGAUAGUCUAUAUGAGCAAGAUCUUCGAGCUUCUACAUGAAAACUCUGUAAAAUCACAUCAAAUCGCAAAUGUUAUUAUUGGUAUACCUGAAGUUGCAGGCAUGCAGUCCAAUAGCGUGUUCAUAGACUCUUGGCUGAGAAGUAGGCAGCUCAAUCAUGUUGUGUCGCACGUCUUUACGAACCCAGCCCGAUAUGACAAAGACAAGUUGAGGGUGGACCCAUAUCAUAUUCAAGACACAUGCAAGAUGAGCACUGUCAAUCUUUGCAAAGGACAGAUUUUAACGGAUUAUAUUCAAGAUAAGCAUAAACAGGGUAAAAGCUAUGAGAGAAUUGUCUAUGUCGGCGAUGGAAGGAACGAUCUCUGUCCGAUUUUGCGCCUCUCGGAGACUGAUCUGGCAUGCCCCCGUAAAGGCUAUUCGCUUAUCAAUCAGCUAAAUGAAUUAUCUACCUCCAUGUCGACGAAGGCAAAAAUUGUGCCAUGGGAGGAUGGUACUGAUUUACAAUUCAGAUUGGAACAGUUCAUAGAACUUCCACCUUUAACAUAAUUCCACUAAUAGAUUUUUUAGCCCUUUUUCAGAUGCUCAUUAGCAUCAUUAUUAAA